CGAGCGGCAGGCCUCAUCCGCGUCGGCGGCUGCUGGUCCAUGCGGGUUCAUCGUCGUCGCGCGGGACGACGACGACGACGGCGACGGCGAAAGGUGACGACGACGACGACGACGCGAGAAGUUGACGUGGUCCGUACGAUGACGACCGUCCGACAGGGUCUCGCGAGUUAAUCGGCUAGUCUACCGGAGGACCGCGACCGAAUGCGACCGCCACCGCGCUGGUCCCGGCCGGAAGAUGCUGCCCCUGAGACUGACUAUUCGCGGGUCGCGCGUCGCGACGCUCCAGACGAGGGCUCCACGUGAGCGUGGGUGUCAUCGGAGCCAACCGUAGCUCGGUCACGCGAGAGCAGCCGUGAAGGAGUCCGAAGGAGCCGGUGUUCGAUCACCACAGAUCACCGUGAACUCGAGAGAAAAGAGAGGGAGAUAAUCAAACAAAGGAAGGAUUCACGAUUGAUACGCGAUCACGCGCAAUCCCUCGCCACCCCGUGGAUCUCUAUCGCGCAGGGUAGCGUUGAAUAUCUAACCGCGUUCUUCUUCGCUCGGCUAACUUUCAGAAACUCAGGGUCGAGCGUUUUAGCGAGAACUCGCGCCGACAGCAGUGGAUGAUUAAUCUCCCUGAGGUGUUAAUCGUGGUGCAGUGGGGAUUUCCGUGUCGGGGUGUCUAGGUGUGUACGUUCAAGUCGGGGAGUCGCUCGUAGUGCAAGUAAGGAACAGGUUCUUUGAGAGAGUGACCACAAAUCGUCAAAGCGUCGUGUUCACGCUGCAUCUCGAGGAGGGCACUCACUGUUCUCGAUUCUCGAACAACUCGCGAAGAAAGCGGAUUCCCGAAGAUAUCAUUAUAGUGAGGACACGUCGUACAGUGCGCGGAUAACGACACAGGGAGAUUGAUGAGCACAAGUCGUGCUCAUCGUAGUGAGUAAAAAACAAAAAGAUCGAAACAAGAUUAAACAAGCAAGGAUCGGUAGUGCAGCGCGCGAUCGAGUCGAGGUGUUAAAAAUGCUGUGUCGCUGGCUCGCCGUCCUGGUACUCGCUGGUUUUCUGCUGGUUAUCGAGGCGAUCGCGGUCAGCCAAGGUACGUACACUCGCGAUCAGAGGGUCCUGAGCGGAAGUCUCGUCCAAGGGAGUCGCAACGUCAGCAACGCGCCAGCUUUCGAAACGAACGUGCCGCGGAACGUCACCACUGCAGUCGGUCAGACCGCCUUUCUUCACUGCAGAGUUCAUCAGCUGGGCGACAAGGAGGUGUCCUGGAUGCGCAAACGGGACAUGCAUAUCCUGAGCGCGGGCAUCUUUAUGUACACGUCGGACCUGAGGUUCAUGGUAAUUCAUCCAGACAAGUCGGAGAACUGGACGCUACAGAUCAAGUCGCCGCAGGAACGCGACUCUGGCGUGUACGAGUGUCAGGUCAGCACUGAGCCGAAGAUGUCACUCAACUAUAGCCUCAACGUGGUCGGUGAGUGUUAAUCUGAAUUAUUCACACGCCCGGCCUGGUUACGUAAAAUCUCGGCCUCGUGUUCGCGUUGAUUUCCUUCAACGUCUGCCACCUCUCCACGAUACAUUACGGCGGCCGUCGAUCGGGUGCUAUCUCGUAUAAGACGCGCGAACCGGCCGAAGGGGUUAAAGUUUAAACACGCAAAGUGCUCCGUCGCUGGAUUACCCUCUCGGUGUCACAUCUUGUCGCGAGAUCGUCGCAGUUCGUGGGAUUAGCUUGUUGCAACUAUUGACGUUGAUAUCCGAACGAUAUGCGGAAAGAAGCUCAGUAACAUUAGACGCUUACUCGAGUCGUCGGAUUGCGCUCGGGUGCAGACGUUUAGCGUUUUUUAUGUGUAAUUUAUACAUGUAUUUAAUCAAUUCUACUAAUUCAUCAUCUUUGGCAGUAGAAUUGUAUAGCUAAUAAGAGAU